AUGGCUGGACAAUCCCCACAGGGUCGCCAGCCUGGAGGCUUGAGGCUGGAGGCUGGAGGCGGGUGCUGGCUGCUGGCUGCUGGCUGCUGGCUGCUGGGGUCAACCGAGUCCAGUCUGGAAGCUCAGGUUGGCCUUGGCUGCGCCAUCGGAUUGACAUUGGAUCAUUGGCUGCCAGGCUGCAACCAGACUCGUCACUGA